AUGGCACGGCGGCUCCAAGAUGAGCUGGCCGCCUUCUUCUUUGAGUAUGACACCCCCCGAAUGGUGCUCGUGCGCAACAAGAAGGUGGGCGUUGUUUUCCGGCUGAUCCAGCUCCUGGUUCUGGUCUACGUCAUUGGGUGGGUGUUUGUCUACGAGAAGGGCUACCAGACCUCGAGUGGCCUCAUCAGCAGUGUUUCUGUCAAACUCAAGGGCCUGGCCGUGACCCAGCUCCCAGACCUCGGCUCCCAGGUGUGGGAUGUGGCUGACUACGUCUUCCCAGCCCAGGGAGACAGCUCCUUCGUGGUCAUGACCAAUUUCAUUGUGACCCCCCAACAGACUCAAGGCUACUGUGCAGAGCACCCAGAAGGGGGUACGUGCAGGGAUGAUAGCAGCUGCACCCCUGGGAAGGCAGAAAGGAAGGCCCAAGGCAUCCGCACGGGCAAGUGCGUGGGUUUCAAUGACACUGUGCAGACAUGUGAGAUCUUUGGCUGGUGCCCCGUGGAGGUGGAUGACAACAUCCCACGCCCUGCCCUUCUCCGGGAGGCCGAGAACUUCACUCUCUUCAUCAAGAACAGCAUCAGCUUUCCACGCUUCAAAGUCAACAGGCGCAACCUGGUGGAGGAGGUCAAUGCCACCUACAUGAAGACCUGCCUCUAUCACAAGACCUUGCACCCUCUGUGCCCUGUCUUCAAGCUUGGCUAUGUGGUGCAAGAGUCAGGCCAGAAUUUUAGCACCCUGGCUGAGAAGGGCGGGGUGGUUGGUAUCACCAUCGACUGGAACUGUGACCUGGACUGGCACAUACGACACUGCAAACCCAUCUAUGAGUUCCACGGGCUAUAUGAGGAGAAAAACCUGUCUCCAGGCUUCAACUUCAGGUUUGCCCGGCACUUCGUGGAGAACGGGACCAACCGCCGUCACCUCUUCAAGGUGUUUGGGGUUCGCUUUGAUAUCCUGGUGGAUGGCAAGGCUGGGAAAUUUGACAUCAUCCCCACAAUGACUACCAUUGGCUCUGGGAUUGGCAUCUUUGGGGUGGCCACGGUUCUCUGUGACCUGUUGCUGCUCCACAUCCUGCCCAAGAGGCACUACUACAAGCAGAAGAAGUUCAAGUACGCGGAGGACAUGGGGCCAGGGAAGGGAGAACGUGACCCUGCGGCCACCAGCUCCACCCUGGGCCUGCAGGAGAACAUGAAGACAUCCUGA